GAGAGAGAGAGAGAGAGAGAGAGAGAGAGAGAGAGAGAGAGAGAGAGAGAGAGAGGGGUAAAGGGAGAACGCAACAAGAGAAGAAACGAAGGAGAGGACUUUCCUUGUGGUUCUCCACUUCUAGAAAUAAGCUACGUUGCAAGAGUUGUGGAUCUUCGUCCUCCCAGGGAGUUGGGGGUAAGAAUCUUCCACCGGGCACCUGCCAGAAUGAUGAACUGUAAGUCCAACUCGCUGACUUGCCUCCAAGGAGGAAAAUCGGGGCUUCCCGUCGCUGCCACCACGGACUCCACCGCCACUUUGAACAAGCUGGCCCUGGCCACGGGGGGCACCGAGAAGUCGUGGUACCGUUGCAUCUUCCCCUUUGGCAUCGUUGCCUUGGUGAUCGGCAUCGCCGCCACCUGCAUCACCUUCACCAUCAAUGGGCCCCAGAUGGACAUUGCCAAGUUGGUCUCCGUGGCUACCUUGGUCUUUGGAGUCGGCCUCCUGGUGGCCGCCUUGGUCUGCUGGCGGGCCAAACGAGAGCGUCAACGGAAGAAGCAGCAGGAAGAGCCCCUUCCCUUAGAACCAGGGGGUCUCUGAAGCCCACCUUGAGUCGAAACCCCACCACCCCCAGGAACCAACCUUUUGCUGUAGAGAACCCUAUCUUUUUCAUGUCAUCCAUGGCAGAUGUUGGGAAAGGAGCUAUGGAGACACACAUCCCGUGUCUUGGGGAUGGAGAGGCACAGAAGCCAGCCAGCCAGCCAGCCAGCCAAGGGGCCCUUGGAGCUCCUUUAACACAGCGUGAUGAGUGGUAUUACGGACUAGUUAAGGUAGCCAACUCAGGCCAAGAAGAACGGAGAAUCGGUCCCUGCAGGUGAGCGGCUAGGAUGGGCGCCCAGCUGACCAUACUUCAGACCUUCCCUCCCCAACCUCUAGGAAGAUGGUUUGAUCUCAGCCUGUGGACAGGAUUGUGGACAGAAAAACCCCAAGGACUAACUUCAGGAAGAGAGUAACAAAAAUCGAGAGUCUUUUCCUUGAAGAUACUAACUGCUGCUUUCCAGUGCAGCUACGCCCACCUCUUGUCUAACUGUGGGUGGGUGGGGAACCAACCAACCAAAAUAUCCUUUUGAAAGGAAGGGAAAAGCUGAAACUUCUAUCCCAGGAUAUGGAGCUGGAGAUUCGUGACAAGUUCCAAGUGGCUUCUAAGUGUGAAUCGGGUUCCCCCCCCGUCUUUGGUUAUUAGCGGCCUUCCGGGCGACCGUGGAUGAGAAGAGGAGAUCAGGGUUCCAUCUUGGGCUUCAACAGCCACCCUCGUUUCCCACGCGGGAAACCAGGUUGAAAGUUACCGCGCAGCUUUUAGGAACCAACAAGCUUUCCCUCCUGCUGCCAAGACGUUCGGCAAGUGAAGCGGAGAACCUGAUUUUCGUUCUCAAGACUGUUAAAGAGGGCGGCGUGCCAAGAAGAUGGCCCACCUCGGUUUGCCGGCUCUCAACGCAAAUGCCGAGCUGUCGGAACUGCCACUGCGCCUUGCAAAGUGGUACAGCUUCUUAAGACUUUGAGGAUUUGAGGGAGGGAUGGAGGGGAAAAGGAGGGUGUGUGUGAUUUAUUACAGAGUAGCAGUUUGGGGGUCUCAAAACGAUGCAGCCAGCCCCCCCCCCUCCUCCUUUGGAAGCACUGUAUACGUAGGGAGUUGGAGAUAGCACAGGGGCGAAUUAAAACUUGAUUUCCCUGGGAAUAAACUCCUAGGGAUGGAUCCUGCCCGCUUUCUCUCUUACUGGGCCUUGCUUUGGAUAAAUUUGGUCUGGGUCCGGCUGCACCAGAGAGGUAUGUGCACUGGUGCUUGUAACACCGAAAGGAUUUGUGCGUGGAAAGUAUCCAAAGCUGGCUCAAUUCGCCGUUUCUGGACCAGAGUUGCAAAAAUAGCUUUGAGUAUUGUCCUCCUAGAUUAUUAGGAGUUUGGAGGGUGAAAAAAGCAGAUUUGUUCGAACCUUCUCUCAGUGAAAAAUGAGAUGCAGUAAUGUGUAUUACAAACAGAUGCAUAAGGGAAUAAAACAUUGCCA